CGGGCUCUUCCUGUCACCAGGCUUCAGGCUUCCCUUUGAGGAGGAGCCAGUUGUUUUGUAUGCCGUGGUACAGUUGCUGCUGCAGGGAGCUGAGCUGAGAGCUUCAGUGAUCUGGGAAACCACAAAAUGAAUGUCAUGACAUAUCAUGAUGUGCAUAUAGACUUCACUUGGGAAGAGUGGACUUUGCUGGAUACUUCUCAGAAGAAUCUCUACAAAGAUGUGAUGCUGGAGACCUACAAGAACCUCAAUGAUAUAGGAUUCAGUUGGGAAGACCAUACUAUUGAAGAAAACUGUCCAAGUUCUAAAAGAUAUGAAAGAUACAAGAUUCAACAUUGUAUUGAGUAUGGUAAAGCAUUCACUGACAAUUUUCCUUGGAGGCAUGAAAGAAGGCAAACUGGAGAAAAGCCUUCUGUAUAUUCCCAAUGUGUUAAAGCCUUUACAUAUAACAGUCAUCAUCAAAGGCAUAAAAGAAUACAUACAGGAGAGAAACCCUAUGAAUGUAAUCAGUGUGGUAAAGCCUUUGCAUAUCAUAGUCAUUUUCUAAUGCAUGAAAGAACACAUACUGGGGAGAAACCCUAUGAAUGUAAUCAGUGUGGUAAAGCCUUUGCAUAUCAUAGUCAUUUUCUAAUGCAUGAAAGAACACAUACUGGGGAGAAACCCUAUGAAUGUAAUCAGUGUGGUAAAGCCUUUGCUCAGCACGGUCAUCUUCAAAGACAUAAAAGAACACAUACUGGAGAAAAACCCUAUGAAUGUAAUCAGUGUGGUAAAGCCUUUGCUCAACAUUCUAAUCUUCAAACGCACAAAAGAACACAUACUGGAGAGAAACCCUAUGAAUGUAACCAGUGUGGUAAAGCCUUUGCUCAACAUUGUAAUCUUCAAACGCACAAAAAAACACAUACUGGAGAGAAACCCUAUGAAUGCAGUCAGUGUGGAAAGGCCUUUGCAUGUCAAAGUAAUCUUCAAAUACAUAAAAGAACACAUACUGGAGACAAACCACAUUAAGGUAAUCAGUAUAGUAAAGCUUUUGCGUUUAUAAGGAGUCUUUGAAAUCAUUACAAAAAAUCAUUCUUCACUGAAACUAUAAAUGUAGUCAGUUUGGUUCAAUUUUGCACUUUAUAUAGGAAUAAAGCUUUGUGGGCAAUCAAUCUUAAUGCCUUUGCAUGUUAGUCACUUUUAAGUACCUGAAAAAGAUAAUGAGGCCUUCUCAUUAUCAAGUAUUUGGUGGCAUCUUUAGCCAUCAUACUUCCAAUCAGUAACACAACAGUAUUUAUUUUGUAGAAGAAAAUCGACAGUGUCAACAGUCUCUGUAAGCAUUAUGAUGUCCAUUUUUAUAUUGUUGCUCCAGCAAAUUCAUGGAAAAGUGAAUUUAUAAAUUUAUGAAGCCAUAUGUGUAGUGUAAAUGGGACAGCCAAAGAAACAACUCUGAUCCCAAAACCAGAGCCAGUGAAAGAAACACACUUUGACCUUGAAACUGGAGCCAAAGUAACACACCGUGAAAUAAUAGCCAAAUAGUUAAAAAGGGUCAGUGAAAGAAGCACACUUAGGCCCUGAAGCCAAAGACAAAGAAACAAAUUCUAUCCCUGAACAACUGAGGAAAAAUCCAACCGAUACCUGAAUUCGAAACCAACCAGUCCCCAAACAGGAAUCCAGCCAAUCUCAAAGGAUUUUAAAUCUCAUGGAUUGAAAUUUUAUGAAUUAACAUGCAGAAAAAUAUUCUCUGUGAAAAACCUAUGCCCCUAAGAAGACAUAUGUAAAUCCUGUGUUUGUUCAGUGUGUAUCUGGUAUUUUCCACACUGGUAGUAGCCACCACUUUCCUGGAUUCGUCCCUCCCAAAUAAAUCUGUUCAAUGAGUCUCACUGAAAAUCUUUUGCCAGAGUGGAUAAAAAACUCCCCAGUAGAAUGGAGAAAAGAAGCAACAUACACCCCUGCUUGGAGAUUCUCUUAGAAGAGCUGAGCAAAAGAAAAAUCUUUUCACUCUAAUUGUAACAAACUGCUACAUUUCUGGACCAGUUUCCCCAUAGGUGAAUGAAGCUGAGAAGUGACAAUGUGGUCUGGAGCUAAGAAUAAAUGGAUAAGUUUCAUUGCUUGGAAACCCCCUAGUGGAGAAAGGAUGAGAAGCAAUGGACACUUCUGCUUGUAAACUCUCUUAGCAGAGUGGAACAAAGCUUAGUUGUAAUGGUCUCUCUCUGAGAGAAACAAAAGUGCUACUACAGCCUGACUUACUGACAGUCAGAAACCCACAGCUGUGGGUUUCCAGGAUACCUUCCCUUUACAACAGCAUGUGUAGACUGAUAUUGGACACUCAGGGUAGAUUUUUCUUCAGAGCCCUGGCAUCUAGGAUACAUUCCCUCCAAAAGGAAUAACAUGACUUCCCAACAGUUAUGAUACCUUUCUCUUCAGAGCUGCAGGCAUCCAGGACAUCUUCCCUUAACAGCUGUAGGUAUAGCCUGACUUCUGACAGUUGAGAUACCUUUCCCUCCAUAGCUGUAACACUUGCAUGAAGAUUUUAAAUGAUGAUGAAACCCUUUAAGAUUUAUGCUUAGUAGAAAGGUUGAGUCAGGGGAAGAAUAGAAGAAAGGAUAUGUGAUAGGUAGGGUUUUAGUUGGGGGUGGUCGUUGUAGGGGAGGAUGGGAGGAAGAAGGGAACCGGGAUUGUCAUGUAAAACAAUCUUGUUUCUGUUUUAAAUAAAAACUGAAAAAGAAGAUUUAUGCUUAGUGUAUGAAAUCAUUCAUGUGUAAAACAUUAUGGAUUUAUAUUAUUUUCUCUUCUGUUUUCAUUAUAAUAUCUAUGUAAAAGACUUUAACAUCUUGGUUCCAGUGGGAUUUAGGAUUAUCGUGAAAGUGGCAUGGCAGCUAAAGCAGUGGUCUAAGAAUUAACAUCCUUAAGCUGCAGCAGAGAGUAGGAACUGAUGUUGGAGAUCAUUGCAUUGUGGUUUCUCUUUUGAAACAUUUGAGAUACAUACCAACGUGUUCUUUAUAUGUGAAAUAAAUCCAUUUAGUGAUAUUUA